ACACAAGAUGAUGAGCCAACUGGGACAAACUAAAUAGUCAGUUUCUGCCGAUUAUUUUUUCCACUCUCUCACUUUCUUUUCUUCACUCUCUCUCUCUCUUCCUUUUCUUCUUUUUCUUUAUUUCUAGUCUUCUCUGUCACAGAUCUUGAACUGUUCAGGCAAGAACCAGACCACUCACCUCUUGUGGCAUCCAAAAUGGGUUUCUCUCUGUUACCAAAAGCAACUCCUUGCAUAUUGCUCUUGGUUCUGCUGUAUUGCACUUCCUUCACUUCAACAGAUGCUUAUGAUCCGCUUGACCCAAAUGGGAAUAUCACAAUCAAAUGGGACAUUAUAAGUUGGACCCCUGAUGGAUACGUAGCUGUUGUUACAAUGAACAAUUUCCAACAAUAUCGUCAUAUUGCUUCACCUGGCUGGUCACUAGGAUGGACAUGGGCAAAAAAGGAGGUAAUAUGGAGCAUGAUGGGAGGGCAGACCACUGAACAAGGUGAUUGUUCAAAAUUUAAGGGAGGUAUUCCACAUUGCUGUAAGAAAGAUCCGACGGUUGUGGAUUUGCUUCCUGGAACACCAUACAAUCAACAAAUUGCAAAUUGCUGCAAAGGUGGGGUGCUUAGUUCUUGGGUGCAGGAUCCUACCAAUGCAGUUUCAUCAUUUCAAGUUAGUGUUGGUAGAGCUGGAACCACAAACAAAACUGUCAAAGUCCCGAAAAACUUUACCCUGAAUGCACCAGGACCAGGUUAUACUUGUGGUCCAGCCAAGAUUGUGAAACCCACCCAAUUCAUUCAAGCAGAUAAAAGGAGAGUGACCCAAGCACUGAUGACAUGGAAUGUGACAUGCACAUACUCACAAUUUCUAGCUCAGAAAACUCCCUCUUGCUGUGUCUCACUUUCAUCUUUCUAUAAUGAUACUAUUGUGCCGUGCCCAACAUGUGCAUGUGGUUGCCAGGGUAACUCAUCUCUGUCAGGAAGCUGUGUGAAUCCAAAUACCCCACAUUUGGCAUCGGUUGUUUCUGGCUCUGGGAAGAAUAACUUUUCACCUUUGGUUCAGUGUACUAGUCAUAUGUGUCCCGUCCGAAUCCACUGGCAUGUUAAGCUAAACUACAAGGAGUACUGGCGUGUAAAGGUUACUAUUACUAAUUUUAAUUACAGGAUGAACUAUUCCGAGUGGAACAUGGUUGUUCAACAUCCAAACUUUGACAAUUUGACUCAACUAUUCAGUUUCAACUACAAGUCAUUGACCCCUUACGGUUCAAUAAAUGAUACAGCAAUGCUAUGGGGAGUUAAGUUCUAUAACGAUUUUCUCAACCAAGCUGGUCCUAAUGGCAAUGUUCAAUCCGAGCUACUCUUCCGAAAGGAUAAAGCAACUUUUACUUUUGAUAAGGGAUGGGCUUUUCCUCGAAGGAUCUACUUCAACGGUGACAACUGUGUCAUGCCACCACCUGAUGCUUAUCCCUGGUUACCUAAUGCUGGUUCUCGGCCAGAGGUUUCUUUGUUUGCCGUAGUGAUAGCUUCUUUGGUAGCCUUGGUAUUUUAUGCCCAUGCAUAAAGUUCCAAUCUGUGGUACACUUAGCCUUGUAACAGAAAAUUUUCAAUCAGAUCAGUUUUGACUAAAUUGUGAUGUCAAUUUGUCAUUUGAAGCAUGUGAGGGAGGAACGAGAAUGACAUCUAGUGGCAACUCAAGAUAAGCUUCACGUGUCCUAUGGUUUAUUACCGAGGGUUCAGCACAUUGGUGGUAGAACUUGUUUUUUGUUCGUGUUUGUUGUAAUUCAAUGAUGUAUGUAUCGUUAUUUUGAUGUAACUGUAAUUAUAAUAAAUAUACACACCAACAUGUCACAUGAAAAAUAUAGACUUGAUGAAUCA